AUGAAGACGGACUUCAAGUUCUCCAAUCUUCUGGGCACUGUGUACCGCAAGGGAAACCUACUCUUCACUCCCGAUGGUACCUGCCUUUUGUCCCCAGUAGGCAACAGAGUGACCGUAUUUGACCUGGUCAACAACAAAUCAUACACCCUUCCUCUUUUCCACCGCAAAAACAUCGUCCGUCUCGAUCUCAACCCACAAGGCAAUCUACUUCUCACUGUUGAUGAAGAUGGCCGCGCGAUAUUAACGAACUUCAAACGACGAAUUGUCAUAUACCACAUCUCAUUAAAGGGCCCGGCCGACGCUCUCAAAUUCUCUCCGUCCGGUCAACACUUCGCCGUUAGUAUUGGACGGCGGUUGCAGCUCUGGCAAACUCCCUCAGUCCCGGGAACCGACGCUGGUGGUGAUCUAGAAUAUGCGCCAUUUGUCUUGCACAGGGAGCUUACGGGCCAUUUUGAUACCAUUCAGAACAUUGAGUGGUCGAGCGAUUCUCGUUUCAUCCUUACAUCGUCAAAAGAUUUGACUGCGCGAGUAUGGAGUCUAGACCCGCAGGAUGGAUUUGAGCCGACAACGCUAGCAGGACAUCGACAGGGAGUCAAGGCGGCCUUUUUCACUGCAGACCAAGAAGCUAUAUACACCGUGAGCGAAGAUGGUGCGCUCUUUCGAUGGGAGUAUACCUCAAAGAGACUUGAAGGGGAGGCAGAUCGCGAAGAACGUUGGAGGAUCAUGAAGAAGGAUUUUUUCCUGCAGAAUGAUGCCAAGUUGAAGUGUGCUUCAUUUCAUGCCAAGUCCAAUCUGUUGGUCGUCGGCUUUUCUAAUGGCAUUUUCGGGCUUUAUGAAUUGCCAGACUUCAACAACAUCCACACAUUGAGUGUCUCGCAAAGUAAUAUCGAUUUUGUCACCAUUAACAAGUCGGGCGAGUGGCUAGCAUUUGGCUCCUCUAAAUUCGGUCAACUUCUCGUGUGGGAGUGGCAAUCGGAAUCAUACAUACUGAAGCAACAAGGGCAUUUGGACUCACUCAAUUCUCUAGUCUACUCAGCAGACGGACAGCGAGUCAUCACCACGGCCGAUGACGGCAAGAUUAAAGUCUGGGAUACUGUAUCCGGAUUCUGUAUCGUGACCUUCACAGAACAUACAGGUGCUGUCACGGACUGCAAAUUCUCCAAAAAGGGGAACGUUCUUUAUACAGCCUCGUUGGAUGGUUCAGUCAGAGCCUGGGACUUGAUCAGAUAUCGGAAUUUCCGAACAUUCACAGCUCCUUCUAGGCUUGGUUUCACUUCCCUGGCCGUUGAUCCAAGUGGAGAGGUGGUUUGCGCCGGGUCUCAAGAUUCGUUCGAUAUUCACGUUUGGUCUGUACAAACUGGCCAAUUACUCGAACAACUCGCGGGUCACGAAGGACCAGUUGUGUCACUCGCCUUUGCUGCGGAUGGUAGCAAUCUAGUCAGUGGUAGUUGGGAUCGCACCGUCCGAAUAUGGAGUAUCUUCGGCCGAUCACAAACUAGUGAGCCGUUGCAACUACAAUCUGAUGUUUUAAGUGUUGACAUGCGACCGGACGGAAAGCAGAUAGCUGCAUCCAGUCUGGACGGACAGCUCAGCUUCUGGAAUGUGUUUGAUGCUGUUCAAGAAAGUGCUAUAGAAGGGCGUCGCGAUGUUUCUGGAGGAAGAAAGGUAUCUGAUCGACGGACAGCCGCCAAUGUGGAAGGUACAAAGUCGUUCACGAAAAUCACGUAUAGUGCAGAUGGAACUUGCUUGUUGGCAGGAGGUAACAGCAAAUACAUCUGUCUCUACGACGUGACUACCGGCUCCCUUGUUAAGAAGUAUACCGUGUCCGUGAACAUGUCCAUUGACGGUACUCAGGAAUACUUGAACAGCAAGAACAUAACCGAAGCUGGACCUCGUGGCCUGCUCGACGAAGCAGGAGAGGCAUCCGAUCUCGAAGAUCGUAUUGACCGCAGCCUACCUGGUGCUAAGCGUGGCGAUGCCGGAGCAAGAACCACAAGACCGGAAGUCCGUGUCUCAGCUGUCUCAUUUGCUCCAACUGGACGAUCAUUUUGUGCGGCAACGACAGAAGGUCUUUUGAUCUAUAGCCUUGAUACAGAAUUCGUCUUCGAUCCGUUCGAUUUGGAUAUUGACAUUACCCCGGACUCUAUCUUGGAUACUCUACAAGAAGCUCAAAAGUCGUCUCAUGCAACAUCCACAGAUGAUGCUUCAUUCCUCAAAGCUUUAAUCAUGGCAUUCCGCUUGAACGAGGCACCACUCCUCCGCACCGUUUAUGAAAGCAUUCCCUACCGUGACAUCUCACAUAUCGUACGCUCCAUUCCUCAGACGUACCUUCCGCGAUUUAUUCGGUUCAUUGCACACUCAACAGAGGAAACUCCCCACUUUGAGUUCAACUUGCUCUGGGUUGAGUCUAUCCUCAGCGUACAUGGACGAUACCUGAAAGAGCAUAAUGGUCAGUUAGCACCAGAGUUACGCGCCCUACAAAGGGUUCUGGAUGAUUUCAGAGACAGCCUCAAGCGCCUUACGGAAAAGAACGUGUACGAACUGAACUACUUGCUGUCUAAGCCAGUUCUUGGUUCGAAAAAGACCAAUGGCACUCUGAGGAUUGAUGAGAGCGCGCCUGUUGAUCAGGAAAUGAUCGAGACAGAGUAG